AGCAGACAGACGGCCAGCUCAGAGAGGAAGAGCCCGCAGCCCGCAGACAGAGAUGAUCAGAGGACUUAUUCUCACAGGACUACUGGUCCUGCUUCGGCACCAGAUGGAUGUACACGCGCACAUGCUGAGCAGACACAGUCCCGUCACCAACAUGGCCAAGCUGAAGAGCUUGCUGCAGCAGUUUGAGGAGGCCCUGGCCGCAGAAGAGGCUCCUGAGAGAGCCGUCGAUUAUGAGGACAGCAACACGGCACUGGAGCAGAGCCCGGCUUCUGCGUCCUGGGACAGAGACAGAGAGGAGGACAGCAACCCCUCGGAUGGUUUAGAGACACAGAGAAAGCACCUCAUAGAUCUCCUCAUGUCAACCCGGAGCAAAAGCCUGUCUGGCUGUUUCGGGGGACGGCUGGACCGCAUAGGGUCCUCCAGCACCCUUGGGUGCAACUCUCAAAAAGGUUAGCUAUGAUGAGUGAAACAGUGACACUGAGAUUGCAAUAUAUAUUUAUGAUAUAUAUAAAUUAUUUUACAUGAGGGCAGUUAUCCAUGAAGCUUUUAGGUAAAAUGUACAUGUAUCUAAGAGAGGGAAAAUAUCCCAAUAAAUCUAAGCUAAGGUUUUGUAACUUUCACCGUUUGUUCCUCCAGUUUUUAUUUACCUUUGUCUUUACAAGUAAUUUUACAUAGUUCUGUGUGUCAAAUGAACUCAAAUAUCACGUUAACUGUGAGGGGGGAAAAAAACGAAAGAAAAAACAAAUGUUGAAAAUGUAAAAGAUACUGGUGAUUUUCUGUCAGGAUAUUAUCUAGGCCUCAUUAGUUAAAGCAAGAACUAACCUUAACUAACAAUGAGCAAUGCAUUUAUUACAGUAUUGAUAUCACAGUUAGAUAAUAAAAAUACAACUGUUCAUUGUCAGUUCAUGUUGACUUAUGUCCAUUAGUUUAUUUUAACAAAUAUAACUUUUGAUUUUAAUAAUGUAAAAUAUAACAUUGUUUUCAUGUUAACAGAACCUUAUUUUGAAGUGCUGCCUAUAAAACACAAUAUAAUCUGUUAUUCAAAAUGUUUUGAGAAAAAAAAAAAAAAAAAAAACCUGUGAAAAAUAAACAGGGAACAUGUAUUUAUGUUAACAUAUUAACAGCACAUCGGGCUUUCGUAUGUUAUAAUAUAAUAACAUUGGGCCUUUUGUAGUAUAAACAUCAGUGUAGUAUAAAUAUGAGCUCAUAAAAUGGCAUGCAUGUAAUUAUGGUCGACACAGAAAACACAUUUCUAGAGUAGAAAACGAAGAUGAACUUAGAAUGUUACAAAAUACAUGUUAAACGGAAACUGUGUGGAAAUGAAUGUAACAUGGAAAUUAAACCAGCAAGACUUUGUCUAUAUUUUGCAAUGCCUGUUGUGCUUUGUCAUCUGAUGGUUCAUAUUUGUUUGAUGUAUUUAUUAUGUGCAAGUAGUUGAGUGCUAAUAAGUUUGUAUAAAUGCAAUAUAUGUCAAAAAUCACGAGCGUGAAUAAUGUUUAACAUAUUCUGCAUUCAUUUAUGAGGUCAAUGAGAUUGUAAUACUGCAAUUCUGCUUUUAAUGAAGAAUAACAAACCCAGAUAAACAUGAAUUGCUACAGUAUUUGUUAGUGCUGUUAUUCCCCUUGUCACAAGCCAAAACUGUACUUAGAAAUAAAAUGUAAUAUA